GGUAAGCGCGCCAAGCCAUGCAUUAAUUCGAAAAGCGAAGUGAAGAGAAGAAGUGAACUGUGAACUCGGUGGAAACACCAAACUAUUUACUACAAGUGAAACAAGUGAAAAGUGUGAAUUAUUUUAAACGAGCUUUAGAAGAAGAAUCUAAUCAAAAAUGCCAGCAAUCGGAAUCGAUCUAGGAACGACGUACUCCUGUGUCGGAGUUUGGCAACAUGGAAACGUGGAGAUCAUCGCAAACGACCAGGGUAACCGAACGACGCCGUCCUACGUCGCCUUCACGGACACGGAGCGCCUCAUCGGCGACGCGGCCAAGAACCAGGUCGCGCUCAACCCCAACAACACAGUGUUCGACGCCAAGCGGCUCAUCGGCCGCAAAUUCGACGACCCGAAGAUCCAGCAGGACAUGCAGCACUGGCCUUUCAAAGUCGUCAACGACUGCGGCAAGCCGAAGAUACAGGUUGAGUACAAAGGCGAGACGAAGCGGUUCGCGCCCGAGGAGAUCAGCAGCAUGGUGCUGACGAAGAUGAAGGAGACCGCGGAGGCGUACCUCGGCAGCACCGUGCGCGACGCCGUGGUCACCGUGCCCGCCUACUUCAACGACUCGCAGCGGCAAGCCACCAAGGACGCGGGCGCCAUCGCCGGCCUCAACGUGCUGCGCAUCAUCAACGAGCCCACCGCCGCCGCGCUCGCCUACGGGCUUGACAAGAACCUGUCGGGCGAGCGCAACGUGCUCAUCUUCGACCUCGGCGGCGGCACCUUCGACGUGUCCAUCCUCACCAUCGACGAGGGCUCGCUGUUCGAGGUGAAGGCCACCGCCGGCGACACGCACCUCGGCGGCGAGGACUUCGACAACCGCCUCGUGAACCACCUGGCCGACGAGUUCAAGCGCAAGUACAGGAAGGACAUCAGAGGCAACUCGCGCGCCCUGCGGCGCCUGCGCACCGCCGCCGAGCGCGCCAAGCGCACGCUCUCCUCCAGCACCGAGGCGAGCAUCGAGAUCGACGCGCUGCACGAGGGCAUCGACUUCUACACGCGCGUGUCGCGCGCGCGCUUCGAAGAGCUCAACGCGGACCUGUUCCGCGGCACGCUGGAGCCGGUGGAGAAGGCGCUGCGCGAUGCCAAGCUGGACAAGACCUCCAUCCACGACGUCGUGCUCGUCGGCGGCUCCACGCGCAUCCCGAAGAUCCAGAGUAUGCUGCAGAACUUCUCAGGUGGCAAGAAGCUCAAUCUGUCCAUCAACCCCGACGAGGCGGUAGCGUACGGCGCCGCCGUGCAGGCGGCGAUCCUCAGCGGCGAGCAGCACAGCAAGAUCCAGGACGUGCUGCUGGUGGACGUGGCGCCGCUGUCGCUCGGCAUCGAGACCGCCGGCGGCGUCAUGACGAAGAUCAUCGAGCGCAACUCGAAGAUCCCAUGCAAGCAGAGCCAGACCUUCACCACGUACUCGGACAACCAGCCCGCCGUCACCAUCCAGGUGUACGAGGGCGAGCGCGCCAUGACCAAGGACAACAACCUGCUCGGCCGCUUCGACCUCACGGGCAUUCCGCCGGCGCCGCGCGGCGUGCCCAAGGUCGACGUCACCUUCGACCUCGACGCCAACGGCAUCCUCAACGUGUCCGCCAAGGAGAACAGCACGGGCCGCAGCAAGAACAUCGUCAUCAAGAACGACCGCGGCCGCCUGUCGCAGGCCGAGAUAGACCGCAUGCUGGCGGAGGCCGAGCGCUACAAGGAGGAGGACGAGCGCCAGCGUGAGCGCGUGUCGGCCCGCAACGCGCUCGAGUCAUACGUGUUCAGCGUGCGGCAGGCUCUGGACGACGCCGGCGCAAAGCUCAGCGAACAGGACAAGGCGGAGGCGCGGCGCCAAUGCGACGAGGCCCUGCAGUGGCUCGACAACAACACGCUCGCCGACAAGGAAGAGUACGAGCACAAGCUCAAGGACGUGCAGCGCGCGUGCUCGCCGCUCAUGAGCAAGCUGCACGGCGCCGGCGCGCAGCCCGGCUACCAGCAGCACGCGCCGUCCGACGGCUCCAACUCCGGCCCGACCGUGGAAGAGGUCGACUAGACUGACCGACCUAGUCAUCAUCAUUCCUAUGAUCUCCAAACUAAGUUAUUGAAAUAGACUGACUAGUCCUAUUACUAAGUUGUAAAUAUUUGUGAUGUAGGUAGUUAGUAAAUAGUUAAUGUAACUGAACAUUCAAAUCCAACAGGUGAUCUUAAAAAAAUAUUGUUAGUUUUAUAACAAUAAAAAUCUAAUUUAAAUUAUAAA